AUGGCCUCAGGGAGUGAGUGGAACCCUCCGAGGGUGGAGGCACACCGAGGGAGCCACAGGCGCAGGCUCAGCUCAGAAGGGCGCGUGGCGGAGGAGGCCGAGGAGGUGUUCCAGAGCUACGCCUUCUACCGCUACCAGCAGGAGCGCCAGGAGCAAGGGGCAGAGCUGCCGCCCGACCCGGAGAUCGAGCAACUCCAGCAGGACCUGGAGAGCAGCACCAGCAGCCAGGUGGGGCAGCGCUUGGCCAUCAUUGGUGAUGACAUCUACAGGCGCUACGACGCCGAGUUCCGCACCCUCCUGGAGACCCUGCAGCCCACCCGCGACAAUGCCUAUGAACACUUCACCAAAAUCGCCUCCAGCCUGUUCGAGAGCGGCAUCCACUGGGGCAGGGUGAUUGCCCUGCUGGCCUUCGGGUACCGCAUGGCCAUGCACGUGUGGCAGCACGGGGUCAGCGGCUUCCUGCGCCGCAUCGCCCGCUACCUCGGGGACUUCAUGCUGCAAAACCGCAUCGCCAGCUGGAUCGCCCAGCAGGGAGGAUGGGGGGCUGCACUGCACCGGUACAACGAAGUUUGCAUCAAGUACGUGCUGGUGGCAGCCGUGGUGGUGCUGGGGCACCUGGUGGUGCAGCGCUUCUUCACCUCCUGA